AGGCCAGUUCAUUGGUUUUUGUUACACUAAAGACAUUUAGGUUUGAGAUUAAAAGUUAAAUAUGGAACAAAAGAUAUCACAAAUUGGUGUUUUUAGCUUUUUUGAAGAAGAAGACCAAUUCGAUGUCUGUUGCUCAGUACACUGUCUUUCUUUCAUUUUCAGGACAUUCCAAAUUGAUUAUUGCCUUUUCCCAUUGAUUGUAUAAUAAUACAAUCUUCGAAAUGGCUUACUCUUCUCCAUAGACAGCUCUCUGGUCUUCAUGUUGGUUUAUCCGUUUAACAAGUGCAGUUUUUACAGAUGAAACCAAGAGUAGGCAUUCAAUAUCAGUCCAUUGUUCCAAUAUUUCUAAUUAUUUGUGAAAUGAGUAAAACAAAAUGGGAAAAAUGUUCUAAGGUGUCUAACAUCUAGAUAUAAAAUCAUGCUUUACAAACCCAGAAUUCCUAUCUUGUCAUAUUUAGAUCUUGUCUUCAUAUGUUUUCUAUGUUAGGCAAAAACAAAAGGCUUUGACUGGUACAUAAAUCGCCCUACAGGACAGGAAUGUUUUUAAAUCCAUGUAUUAUUAGCCUUUGGUUUGAAUUCCAGUCAAAGCCAGUCAACACUGCAGCAUAACAAUAUAUCAGUGCCGUUAAAUAAAAUAAAACCUGUUGCUGCAUCUGUCUUGACUUUUAGCAUACAGACAUGCCUGGGCAUGAGCAGGACCUUUGAAAGAAAGAUUGGAAUUUUUUCCGGGUUUUCCGCUGUUCAAUUUCAGAACAGAAAUGCAAGAAAUACGUAUUUACACUCUGUAAUAUGUAUCUCAAUUUAUAUUCGCGUGGUUGUAAGUGUGUUUAUCGUGUGCCGAUUUGUGUGUCGAUUUGUUUACAGUGUCAUUUCCUUCCGGCAUUCCAUUUCCAUUUCCAUGUCAUUCCCAGUCUGUGUACAGGGAUCAUGAUUAUGGCUGAGUGACGCAGCAGUGGGAAGCGUCUCGCACAAACCCGCAGCAUACAGACAAAAACUGGAUUCGAUUUCAUUUCAACACUUCAAAGCUGUAGCUUGGUUUUCCUCAUAAACCAUGGAGGAAGAUUUAUCUUUCAAGUUCGGGCCUUCAGAUGUCAUGUUUUCUCUGCUCUCGUUGAUUUUUUCCUUGUAGACGUGGUGCUGGAUCUGUGGGCCAUAGACUGCCUGUAUAAAGAAGAGAAAUACUUCUCCAUGGGAUUGCUGAUAUGCCUUUUGGUCAGUUCUUCGGUUCUCCUGCAGAUCUUCAGCUGGCUCUGGUACACCGAUUCCUCCAGAAUCCUGGAGACCAAUGUAGAAAGAUUCUUUAGCACACGUGGUUUACUACCUUUGGUGCACAUCUGCCAAUUUGGACUCUUCCUCAGGUUUGCAGCCACAAUGGAGAUCUCAACUUGUGGCUUCAAACAGAGAAACGUUUUCCCAAAAGGGGUCACCAUAUACAUAAAGCAUGAUCUCAGCAUGUUGCGUGUGUUUGAGGCGUUCUCCGAAAGCGCUCCACAGAUCGUCCUGAUGACCGCUCUCAUCAUAGAGAUGAAGGAGAUGCAGUCCUUCACAGUCAUUAAAAUCCUCGGCUCUCUUUCCGCUCUUGCCUUUACCGUGUUAUCCUACCAUCGCAACAUGCGUGUGUUUGUUUCUGAAAAGUUUAAGAUGGGAUGGACUUCCUCAGUAAUCUACUUUCUGUGGAACUUGCUUCUGAUUGGCCCACGUGUAGCAUGUGUGUCGCUCUUUGCCUCUAUGUUGCCCUGCUAUGUCCCAGCUCACUUCCUGUCCCUGUGGAUGCUGUUUUUCCUCUGGGCCUGGUGGCAGAACACAGACUUCAUGGACACUAAAUCUGGAGAAUGGCUGUACCGAGCCACUGUAGGCAUCAUCUGGUACUUCAGCUGGUUUAAUGUAACAAGUGGAAAUAUUAAAAGCAAAGGAAUUAUCUACCAUGUGGUUAUGGUGAUGGACAUGAUGAUGCUGCUGGGUUUAUGGUGGUGGAGGAGAUCUUUGGAAAAAGCUAGUCUUAGUCCACUACCUAUUAAUCCUUACCUACUUAUUGCAAUGUUGACGUUCAUCUACAUUAUAGGAAUCCUACUGAAACUGGUUUAUUACUGGAAACUUCAUCCCAAGAAACCAGUUUUACAGAUCGAUAGGAAAGAUCAGGAGCCACAUCUGAAACUAAAACGUGAUGAAGAAUGUAUUAGUAUUCUAAAGACAGACUUGGGUGAGACUCAUAAAGCUGAACCUGAAUGCACAGUUUUAUCUCAAACUCCAAACACUGGACUCCACAAAAGGAUAAGAAUCAUGGCUAGGAAUUUCUACUGCUAA